AGACGUUUCACAUCCGUUACGCUAGCAUGCUUUUGCGGCACAGUCGAACACGCCCCGGACCUCGGGCUCGAAGGUUCGAGACCUGCUCCCUGCUGUUUCAUUAAAAUAUACUGUAGCCAUAGUCACUGCUUCCAGCAUACCGCUAGUGCUGUUCGAGUUAGGUUAUAGAUUUCCAGGACUAAAAUUCGUUUUCAGCUGUAACUAAUUAAUCAAGAUGAAUUUCCGCAGUUGUCUGAGUGUUGCAGUCAUCUGGUUCCUGUCUUCCAGCCAGUCGAACUCAGUGCUACACUCAGGUAUACGUUAUCUUCGUGUAACCAGAGGAGGGUCUGUAACUUUACCAAUAACUGACGGCCAAUGUCCUGAGUCGGACUUCGGAUUAUGUACAGAGAGAAAAGGCCCAGUGGUCACUUAUGAGAACAACGUGAUCACCGAGGGGCCAAAUUAUCUGGGCAGGAUCCAGCUGAUGAACGACUCCAAUGGCUGUGCUGUUGUAGUUCACAAUGUAACCGAAGAAGAUACAAAGACAGUUUAUUAUACAGACGGUGGUCUUCCAGGUCAACUGAGAAUUGUACUUGAAAUGACAAACAUUACUGAGAGUUCAACCACUACAGCAGCCCCACAACAAUCUACAACCACACGAGGAGGUAGCACUGAGAGUCUGACCACCACAGCAGCCCCACAACAAUCUUCAACCACACCAGGUCUACUUGUGGAACAUCUUGCUGGGCUGGUACCAGUAGGCGGGCUGGUGGUGGUGGUGGUAUGCAUCAGGAUAUGUAAAAACAAAAAUUUGAAGGAAGAACCUCCCUUGGCCGAGCUCCAAGUUCUAAUUCAAAACGCAUCAAUGGACACAGCAGAACAAUGAAAAUGAUAUCUUGUUACUAAGGCUGGCCAGACAAUCUGGACCCUCUCUUUCUAAAACUAUCCUCCGCCAUUGUUGCAACCCCUAUUACCAGCCUGUUCAACCUCUCUUUUGUAUCGUCCAAGAUCCCUAAAGAUUGGAAAGCUGCC